AUGAACUUCGCGGGAUGGCAAUGUCAGAUUGCAUCAGAUCGCUUGGCGAUUAUUGGCUUGGAUGACGGGUUUGCCGCUGGAAGUGUUUCUGGCAGCAUCAGCACGGACUAUGCGAGGAUCUGCAUCGGUGUUCACUCGGGCACCAGAAGUACCAAGUGGAGAUGCUGCAUGUUAUCGAUGACCACUUUGGCAAGGUGCCCUCUCGCAUAUCGACUUGAGGGAAUCCUCCUAGGCAUCAUGGGACACGAUUCGACUGGAUGGGAUAUCCCGGCCCCUGUCCACGCCGUUGCGCCCUUGCACCCUCGCAUACCGGCUCCCGAAUUGCUGGCCUAA